CGCCCCUCCUCCCCGCCGCCCGGAGCCAGGCGAAUCAUGGCGGCGUCCGAGUCGCCGCCGGCUUUGAGUUCAGGGACUGCAGACGGCGAGGAGACGAUUCUUUAUGAUUUGCUGGUCAACACUGAGUGGCCGGCGGAGACCGAAGUCCAGCCCAGAGGCAGCCGAAACCAUGGAGCAUCGUUUAUCAUCACAAAGGCAAUUAGAGAUCACCUGUUAUUUUUACGCCAAUACAUCUGGUACAGCCCUGCACCUUUCUUGCUUCCUGAUGGACUGGUUCGCUUGAUUAAUAAGCAGAUAAACUGGCAUUUAGUACUUGCAAGCAAUGGAAAGCUUUUGGCAGCUGUUCAAGACCAGUGUGUGGAGAUCAGAUCGGCAAAAGAUGAUUUUACAUCUAUUAUUGGGAAAUGUCAAGUUCCAAAAGACCCCAAGCCCCAGUGGAGACGCGUGGCGUGGAGUUACGAUUGCACGCUGCUGGCUUAUGCUGAAAGCACAGGAACUGUGAGGGUGUUUGAUCUCACCGGAAGUGAGCUCUUUGUCAUCUCCCCGGCAUCUAGUUUUGCAGGUGAUUUGAGCUAUGCCAUUGCUGGGUUAAUAUUUUUGGAAUAUAAAGCAAGUGCACAGUGGUCUGCAGAACUCCUGGUCAUCAAUUACCGAGGGGAGCUUACAAGUUAUCUUGUAAGUGUUGGAACAAAUCAGAGCUACCAAGAGAGUCACAGUUUCAGCUUCAGCAGCCGGUGCCCGCGUGGCGUCAGCACGGCCGUCUACCACCCUGCGCACAGACUUUUAUUGGUUGGUGGAUGUGAAGUUCCUGGAGUCAGAAUUUCGAAAGCGGCUAGCUGUGGCCUUUCCGCCUGGAGAGUUCUGUCAGGAUCUCCUUAUUAUAAGCAGAUUAUUAAUGGUGGAGAUGAGGUGACCACAGUGCCAAAGACAUUUGGAUUAUUAAGAAUAUUAAGUACUAAGUUUUACAGUCGCCAGGGACAAGAACAGGAUGGAAUCUUCAAGAUGAGCCUGUCUCCAGAUGGGAGCCUCCUCGCAGCCAUUCACUUCUCUGGGAAACUAAGCAUCUGGGCCAUCCCUUCCCUGAGGCAGCAGGGGGAGUGGAGUCAGGAGGAGCAGCCAGGCUAUGACGGACUCAAUCCUGACUGGAGGCGCUCUCCUGAGAAAAGAAGAAAAGUAAAAGAUAAAGAGUCCUUCUACCCGCUGAUAGAUGUCAGCUGGUGGGCAGAUGGCGCCGUCACGUUGGCUCGAUGCUCUGGUGCUUUGACUGUUUCGUCUGUGAAAACUUUGAAGAACUUACUGGGAAAAUCCUGUGAGUGGUUUGAACCGUCACCUCAAGUCACUGCUACUCACGAUGGGGGCUUCUUAAGUUUGGAGUGCGAGAUUAAACUUGCCCCGAAACGGUCUCGCUUGGAAGUUCGGGUGGGAGAAGAGGAUGAGGGAGAAGAGGAUUCUGACUCCGCUCAUGAAAUCUCUGCCAAGGCUCGUUACUUUGGCUACAUAAAGCAAGGCCUGUACUUGGUGACUGAAAUGGAGCGCUUUGCACCUCCACGGAAACGCCCACGCACCAUUACUAAAAAUUACCGCCUUGUGAGCUUGCGUUCCACCACUCCUGAAGAGCUGUACCAGAGAAAGAUUGAAAGCGAAGAGUAUGAGGAGGCCUUGUCUCUGGCUCAUACCUAUGGCCUGGAUACGGAUCUCGUGUACCAGAGGCAGUGGAGGAAGUCAGCAGUCAACGUUGCCUCCAUUCAGAAUUAUUUGAGCAAAAUAAAGAAGCGGUCCUGGGUUCUCCAUGAAUGUUUGGAAAGAGUUCCUGAAAAUGUGGAUGCUGCAAAAGAACUGUUGCAAUAUGGGUUGAAGGGCACAGACUUGGAGGCUCUCGUAGCAAUAGGGACGGGCACCGAUGAUGGCAGAUUUACAUUACCUGGCGAGGUAGACAUUGAAAAUAUCUCUUAUGAGGAGCUUUCCCCACUUGAGGAGGAGUCAGCGAAGGAGAGAAAGGAAAAGGAGCUCCAGAAGAGGCGGGCGCUGCUGAAAUCCGUGAACUUCGCCAAGUUGACAUUGGAACAGAAGGAACUUUGCCGUUGUAGACUGAAAUUAUUAACCUACUUAGAUCGACUUGCAACAUAUGAGGAAAUCCUAGGUGUGCCUCCUGCUUCGGAACAGAGAUACGAUGCAGAAUUCUUCAGGAAAUUCAGAAAUCAGAAUAUUGUUCUCUCAGCAAGAACUUAUGCUCGGGAAAAUAAUGUUCAAGCCCUGGAAAUUCUGUUUACUUACCACGGCUCUGAUCUUCUUCCUCAUCGCCUUGCAAUUCUCUCCAACUUUCCGGAGACCACUUCACCGCACGAGUAUUCUGUUUUGCUUCCUGAAGCUUGUCGUAGUGGUGACACCUUGACCAUCAUUCCUUGGCACGAACGGCGACACCGGGCUAAAGAUUGGUGUGAGGAGCUGGAGUGCAGAAUUGUUGUUGAGCCGAACUGCCAGGAUGAAAGUGAAUUCUUGUACACUGCGCAGCCUGCCUUGCUGAGUUACAGGACGGCCUCGCUCACCGUCGAGAGCGUCAUGGACUGGUACCAGAGCAGGGCCGCAGAGAUAGAACACUAUGCCGCACAGGUUGACUGUGCACUGUCACUUAUUCGACUUGGAAUGGAGCGGAAUAUUCCUGGCUUGCUGGUUCUCUGUGAUAAUUUGGUUACGUUGGAAACAUUGGUUUAUGAAGCUGGUUGUGACUUAACCUUAACCUUGAAAGAACUCCAGCAGAUGAAAGACAUUGACAAGCUGAGAUUACUGAUGGACAGUUGUUCUGAGGAUAAAUAUGUGACCAGUGCCUACCAAUGGAUGGUUCCCUUUCUCCAUCGCUGUGAGAAGCAGUCUCCUGGUGUGGCCAGUAAACUAUUGAAAGAAUAUUUAGUAACUCUGGCUAAAGGGGACCUAAAAUUUCCCCUGAAGAUAUUUCAACAUUCCAAACCAGAUCUGCAGCAAAAAAUUAUUCCUGACCAGGAUGAAUUGAUGGCAGUAGCGCUAGAGUGUAUCUAUAGCUGUGAACGGAAUGAUCAACUCUCCUUUUGCUAUGACAUAUUAGAAUGUCUGCCACAAAGAGGAUACGGUGAUAAGACAGAGGUAACAGCAACUCUUCAUGAUAUGGUAGAUCAGCUGGAACAAAUCCUGAGUGUGUCGGAACUUUUGGAAAAACAUGGACUAGAGAAACCGAUUUCAUUUGUUAAAAACACUCAGUCUAGCUCGGAAGAAGCGCGCCAGCUUAUGGUUAGAUUGACCCGGCACACAGGUCGGAAGCAGCCUCCUGUCAGUGAGUCUCACUGGAGAACUUUGCUGCAAGACAUGCUAACCAUGCAGAAGAACGUGUACACCUGUCUGGACUCUGAUGCUUGCUACGAGAUAUUUACUGAAAGCCUCUUAUGCUCAAGCCGUCUUGAGAACAUUCAGCUGGCCGGGCAGAUGAUGCAUUGCACUGCCUCUCCAGUGACCCCCGCUGCUGCUGUGGCCGCCAAGGGGAGAGCCCAGUACAGGGUCAGUUACCAGAAGAGCGUUGACUUGGUUCUGGCUGCCAGCAGGGAGUACUUCAACUCUUCCACCAACCUCACUGACAGCUGCAUGGGUCUGGCCAGGUGCUGUUUACAGCUGAUAACCGACAGACCCACUGCCAUUCAGGAGGAACUAGAUCUUAUUCAGGCCCUUGGAUGUCUUGAAGAAUUUGGGGUCAAGAUUCUUCCUUUGCAAGUGCGGCUGCGCUCUGAUCGUAUCAGCCUCAUUAAGGAGUGUGUCUCCCAGUCUCCCACGUGCUACAGACAGUCCAGCAAACUCUUGAGUCUUGCAGAGUUGCUGAGGGUGGCAGGUGAAGACCCAGAGGAAAGGCGUGGACAGGUUCUCAUCCUUUUAGCAGAGCAAGCCCUUCGUUUCCAGGACUAUAAAGCAGCCAGUAUGCACUGCCAGGAGCUGAUGGCCUCAGGUUAUCCUAAGAGUUGGGAUGUUUGCAGCCAGUUGGGACAAUCAGAAGGCUACCGGGACUUGGCUACACGCCAGGAGCUCAUGGCUUUCGCUUUGACGCACUGCCCGCCAAGCAGCAUUGAGCUGCUGUUGGCAGCAGGCAGCUCUCUGCAGACAGAAAUUCUUUAUCAACGAGUGAAUUUCCAGAUCCAUCCUGAAGGAGGGGAAACAUCAGGUGCUUCAGCAUUACUUAGUAGAUCACUACAAGAGGGUGAAGUGAGUGUUCCAGGCAGCAGUUCAGCUGACCUGUUGCACUGGACCACUGCUACCACCAUGAAGGUUCUUUCCAACACUACGACCACUACCAAGGCUGUGCUGCAGGCUGUCAGCGAUGGGCAGUGGUGGAAGAAGUCUCUGACGUAUCUCCGACCGCUCCAGGGACAGGAAGUUGGUGAUGCCUGCCGAAUUGGAGCUGUGGCCAACGAAGACUUAAGUAAACAAGGGUGUCAUCCUUUUUAUGAAUCCGUCAUCACUAAUCACUUUGUUUCUGAGUCUGGAGUUACGUAUGACAACUAUCAGCACAUCCCUGGGGAAAGUUUUGCGGAAGUGUUGCUGAGAACUGGUAAACUGGCAGAGGCAAAAACUGAAGAAGUCUUCCCAACUACAGAAGUUCUCUUACAACUAGCAAGUGAUGCUUUACCCAAUGACAUGACCUUGGCCCUCGCCUAUCUCCUUGCCUUACCACAGGUGUUAGAUGCAAACAGGUGCUUUGAGAAGCAGUCCCACUCGGCGUUGUCACUCCAGCUGGCGGCCUAUUACUACAGCCUGCAGAUCUAUGUCCGGUUGGCUCCGUGUUUCACGCACGAGUGCCACCCGCUGUACAGGGCUGACCCCAAGGAGCUAAUCAGGAUGGUGACCAGGCAUGUGACUCGACAUGAACAGGACUCCUGGCCAGAGGAGCUUGUUUUGCUGACUAAGCAGUUGCACUACUACAAUGAGCGCCUCCUGGAUUUCACUCAGGCUCAGCUCCUCCAGGGCCUGCGGAAGGGUGUAGAUGUGCAGCGCUUCACCGCUGACGACCAGUAUAAAAGGGAGACUAUCCUGGGUCUGGCAGAAACCCUUGAGGACAGUGUCUACAGUAUUGCACUUUCUCUGGCCCAGCGAUACGGUGUCUCCCACUGGGAAGUUUUUAUGACCCAUUUGGAGUUCCUGUUUACCGACAGCGGUUUGUCCACAGUAGAAAUUGAAGAGCGUGCCCAAGCCCUUCAUCUCUUUGAGACUUUAAAGACGGAUCCUGAAAGCUUUCACAAGCACAUGGUCAAGUACAUUUACCCCACUAUCAGUGGCUUUGAUCACGAAAGACUGCUCUAUUAUUUCACACUGCUGGAAAAUUGUGGCUGUGCAGAUUUUGAGAAUUCGGCCAUCAAACCAGAAACCCACAUUCGACUCUUGAAGAAAUUCAAAGUGGUUGCAUCAGGUCUUGACUACAGAAAGCUGACAGAUGAAGACAUGAGUCCUCUUGAAGCCUUAGAGCCAGUUCUUUCAAGCCAAAACAUCUUAUCUAUUUCCAAACUUGUUCCCAAAAUCCCUGGAAAGGAUGGCCGGAUGCUGUCCGCCAGCUCACUGUACACCAUCUGGUUGCAGAAGCUGUUCUGGACUGGAGACGCUCACCUCAUUAAGCAGGUCCCAGAGUCCUCACCGGAGUGGCUUCAUGCCUACGACGUGUGCAGAAAGUACUUUGAUCGACUCCAUCCAGCCGACCUCAUUACUGUUGUGGAUGCGAUGACGUUUUCUCCUAGAGCUGUGACCAAGCUCUCCGUGGAAGCACGUAAAGAGAUGACUACAAAGGCCAUUGAGACAGUCAGGCUUUUCAUUGAGAAGCCAAGGAAAAGAAAUUCUGAAGAAGACACCCAGGAAAAGAGUGACUCCAAAGUCACUUAUGCAGAUACUCUGAGUCACCUGGAGAAAUCGCUUUCCCACCUGCAAACCCUCAGCCAUAACUUCAUUACUUCUCUGAAGAACAGUGAGCAGGAGACAUUGCAGAACUAUAGUCACCAGUAUGAUCUGUCCCGGUCAGAUAAAGGAAAAGUUCAUGAUCAAGCAGUGGCCAUGUGUUUAGAUGGUCAGCCAUUAAGAAUGCUUCAGCAGCUGCUGGAGGUAGCUGUGGGCCCUCUUGACAUCUCGCCCAAGGAUAUUGUGAAGAGCGCAGUAAUGAAAAUAGUUUCUGCACUGAGUGGAGGCAGUGCUGAACUCAGUGGGCCCGAGGACCCACUCCAAGUUCUUGAAGGUGUCGUUGCUGCAGUCCAUGCCAGUGUGGACAAGGGGGAGGAGUUGGUCUCCCCUGAGGACCUGUUGGAGUGGCUGCGCCCUUUUUGUGCUGACGAUACCUGGCCCGUGCGCCCCCGCAUCCGGAUACUUCAAAUCCUGGGACAGUCAUUUCACCUGACCGAGGAGGACAGCAAGCUGCUUGUGUUCUAUAGAACAGAAGCCAUUCUGAAAGCUGCCUGGCCCCAGAGACAGGUGGAUGUAACUGACACUGAGAAUGAGCAGAAGCGCUACUCUCUAUUCAUGGAGCUUCUGGAGUCCAGUCACAAGGAGACUGAAUUCCAGCACUUGGUUCUGCUAUUGCAAGCUUGGCCACCUAUAAAAAGUGAAUCUGUAAUGAGCAUAACCAGUAACCCCUGGGUGCGGCUUGCCACGGUGAUGUUAACCAGGUGUACACUGGAGAACAAAGAAGAAUUGGGGAAUGAAGUUCUGAAAAUCUGUCGUUCUUUAUAUAACACCAAGCAGAUGCUGCCUGCAGAGUGCGUGAAGGAGCUGUGCCGGCUGCUGCUGGACCAGUCCCUGCUGCUGCCGUCCCUGAAGCUGCUGCUGGAGAGCCAGGACGAGGCCCUGCACGCCACGGCGCUGGAGCGGCUUGCCGCCGUCACAGAGGUGAAUGAUUCAAAUUGUGACCAAGAACUGCUUUCCCUGCUCCUGGAUGCCAAGCUGGUGGUGAAGUGCAUCUCCACUCCCUUCUAUCCACGUAUCAUUGAACACCUCUUGGCCAGUCUACAGCAAGGGCGCUGGGAUGCCGAGGAACUGGCCAAACACCUGCAGCAGGCCGGCCAUCAGGCCGAAGCUGGGUCACUCCUGCUAGCCGUGAGGGGCACUCAUCCAGCCUUAAGAACUUUCAGCACGGCCCUCAGUGCAGCACAGCACUGGGUGUGAGUAACCCAGGCUCCCUGCGGGAAGAGAGCAGCAGCAGCUGACUGCUGCUCCCGAAGCAACGUGUGCACCUGCUGACUGUUCUCUGUUGUUCCAACAAAUUGCAAUAAAGCUGUACGUAAAUGAUGA